UAUUGUUAGUGUAGUUAUUGUUAAUAUAGUAGUAACCCUUGUAAAUACUAUCGGGGAGAGCGUGAGGUCAGGAGAGGCAGCGCCAGGGCCGCCAGCGCAGUCAGGGCCGCGGGGACAGCCCGCCGGGUCGGCACUCGCUAUGUUCAGGCCCUGCGCUCUCGGGGCCCCCAGCAUGAAAAACUACCGGGUGCUGCGCACGCUGGGGGCGGGCGCCUGCGCCAAAGUCAAGCUGGCGCUACACUUGGUGACCGGCACGGAGGUGGCCAUCAAGUUCAUCUGCAAGGCCAGGCAGGCGCGCCUCGAGUUCCUGGCCCGCGAGGUGGCUUGUAUGAAAGCGCUGCAGCACCCCAACAUCAUCCAGCUGUUCGAGGUGCUGGACACCCCGGAGGAGCUCCUCCUGGUCAUGGAGUAUGCGGGCGGGGGGAACCUGCUGGACUACCUGCUCCGGCGCGGGCGCCUGGAGGAGCUCGAGGCGCGCCACAAGUUCCAGCAGAUCCUGGCGGCGGUCGCGCACUGCCACGCGCGGGGCAUCGUGCAUCGCGACCUCAAGCCGGAGAACAUCCUCAUGGACCGCGAGCACAACCUCAAGCUCAGCGACUUCGGGCUGAGCAUCGAGUGCGCGGGCGCGGCGCUCAGCACCUUCUGCGGCAGCCCCGAGUAUGCGGCGCCCGAGAUCUUCCUGCACCGCCCGUACGCGGGCCCCGCCGUGGACGUGUGGAGCCUGGGGGUGGUGCUCUACAGGAUGGUCACGGGCGCGCUGCCCUUCCGGGGCUCCGACCUCGUGGAGAUCCGGGACCGCGUGGUCAGCGGGCACUUCCACCUGCCCCCCUACCUCUCGGCCCAGUGCCGGGACCUCCUGGGCAGAAUGAUGGUGCUGGACCCCCAGGAGCGCAGCAGCCUGGAGGCCAUCCAGCAGCACCCGUGGGUGCGGCCGACUCAGGGGCUCCUGGCCGUCCACGAGCCGUCGCCCAGCCACCACGACGCGGCCCUGGCGGAGGCCAUGGUGAGUAUGGGCGAUCAGAGACAGCAGAGCCAGACGGCCGUGGUGGAGCGAAGAUUCGACGAGGUGAUGGGGUCGGACCUCAUCCUGGGUCCCGGAGGCGGGGGGAGGGGAGCCCCCAGGAGGAGGAGGCGUGGCCGAGUCUCCCCGCCCCCCAGGAGCCCUGCCCACGCGCCGUGACCCCUGGUGCCCGGGACUCCGGGGAGGGCCUCCUGCAGGUGUCCGGGGAUGAGCAAAGCCAGGAGGCUGGACAGACAGAGGAUGCCGCUGCGUCAGCUGUGUUCAGCCUCCUGGCCACCCCGGGCCGCAGGACCAAUUGCGUGAAAAUCCC